GAUAAUGGCUCCGUUUGCGUUUGGAAUGUGUGUUCGUUAUUGUAACAUAUCUGUAAAAUGUAUGAACAUUGUGUCCCGAAAUUCAGCAGUAAGUAGGGAAACUAAUAGAGAUUUAUUAAUCAUUACCUUAUAUCAGGAUAUAUGCUUUCAAUAUAUAAAUUAUUGUAAAUUGUACUACAAUUUGAAGGACGUAAGUGGACAAGGUACCUGGACAUAAAAACGUUUGUGAGGUGUUAACGUGUAUAUCAGAAACAUGAAAUAAGAUGUGGGAUUUAAUGAAGUCGUUUACUCAGCUGUGUCGGAAGAAAUACAAAUACGCUUCUACGGAAACAGAGAUGGCAGGGAAAGCAAGACCAUCAUUCCCACAGAAGGUUCGAAUAGUUGAAGUUGGUCCACGUGAUGGCCUGCAGAACGAGCCGGGCAUUGUACCCACAGAUGUCAAAAUAAAAUUAAUUGAUGAACUUUCAAAGUCGGGGCUGAAAUCAAUUGAAGUUACAAGUUUUGUUUCACCAAAAUGGGUUCCUCAGAUGUCGGAUCAUGCAGAAGUAUUACAGCAUAUUACAAAACAUCCGGGUGUCAACUAUUCAGUUCUUGUUCCCAACAUGAAAGGCCUUGCAAGAGCAAUAGAAGCAGGUGCAGAAGAAAUCGCCAUUUUUGGAGCUGUUUCUGAAAGUUUCACAAAGAAGAAUAUCAAUUGUACAGUGGCUCAGAGUAACGAGAUUUUCCAUGAAGUGGCAAAAGCAGCUCUGGACAAGGGAUUGCGUGUUCGAGGUUAUAUUUCUUGUGUAUGUGGUUGCCCAUAUGAAGGAGCAGUUCACCCAACAGCAGUAGCCAAGGCUGCAUAUUCACUGUACAACAUGGGAUGCUAUGAAAUUUCUCUUGGUGACACCAUUGGAGUUGGUACGCCAGGCACAAUGAGAGCCAUGCUAGAAGAAGUUACUAAAUUUAUACCAGUAGAUAAAUUGGGCGUCCAUUGUCAUGACACAUAUGGACAAGCACUGGCCAAUAUCCUCACAGCGCUUGAGUUCGGUAUUUCUGUCGUCGAUUCCUCCGUUGCUGGUCUGGGAGGAUGCCCUUAUGCCAGUGGAGCAUCUGGUAAUGUUGCUACGGAGGAUGUGGUGUAUAUGUUACAUGGUAUGGGAAUUGAGACUGGAGUGGAUUUAGAGAAAGUAAUUGAGGCUGGUGAAUACAUCUGUGGUGUCUUAAGUAGACCGUCUGCCUCAAAAGUUAGUCGUGCACUCAGUAAACUGUGAUGGAAUUGUGGCUGUGAAUAUCAAGUACAUAUCACGAACUAGUGGGCUGAACUGUAGCGCGAGAGUCUAUUCUUCAGGAUAUGAUGUGUCAGAAUCAUUGUGGUGUAUGUAUGUCUGUCUGUCUGAAAAUGAGAAGCCUAAAAUGUUAUAUAUUAGGUACAGAAUAAAAUGGACGUAAUAAAAAUUAUGGGCAUGAAAAUGCAGAAACUGUAACCUGGCACAGAGAAAUAAUCGCUGGUCUGCUACUGACAGUUGAAUAUCUUGACAUUCCAAGUUUUAUUAUCACAUGAGAAUUUUUGUGCAUUCUGUAUGUCUUUUAUGGACAUUGUGUUUCAAGAACAUAUGACGUGUCAGACUAUCCUGAGUGAUUUUAUUUACUGUUAAUUUAUUUUUUUAUUAUUAUUUAUUUCAUCAUCCAUAGCUGUGGAGAAUUACUAUUGGACAUGUCAAAUAUCAACAACCUCACAUCAAAAAUAACAUAACAUUCACACAGUGAUUCAUCACUAUAAUACAGCAAUACAUUUCAAAAUACAUUUUUAACUUAAUUUAAGAAUAAUAAAUUCUUCAAAAAAAAAAAGGCAUAAGAAUAAAUAUUUUAAACAUACAGACAGAUUUAUUAACAAGCAGUUUAUGUAAACAAUUAAUAAUAAUAAAUACUCCAAAAAAGGCAUAAAAAUGUACUAAGAUAUCUAUGUAGUAUGUAAAAUUCAGUAUUUUGACUUUUCAUAUUUUUGUUCAUACAGUAAAAUAAAUCCUUAUUUUUAUAAAUAUAUGGAGAGCAUAGACUUUGAUUUACUGAUCUGAAAAUUUGUUAACUGGUCCAGUUGUGUCAGGAUGUAGCAAUGUUAACUGUUGUGACAAACAACCUGAGGCUUUAUACUGACAGAACUGUUGAUACAUACUAUUCUGAGCUGCCAAUGUGUGUUUUGUUAAUCUUUGCAAAUAAUUAAUUGAAAUCUUUAGCUUUAUAAAAAUCAACUGUGCAUUGAAAGUGCUGUACAUCUGCAGAAUUCCAGUAGAAAUAUCUGGUGAUUUCAGAAUUUACAAUACAUUUGUGAUACUGAUUCAAGGUAACAUUUAAAUUAUAUAUUAUUGCUACUGGGGUGGGACUAAGUCCCUUGUACUGCGG